AUGUCUGACCAUCCCACUCUCACUGAUAUACCCAACGAGGUGAUUCUAGAUCACCUAUUACCGGCUUUACAAUUGAGGGAUAUCGUUUCGCUGUCAGCUGUAAAUCGUCAAUUCAACUUAUUGACGUCCGACCCUACAUUCUGGCGAUCAAGAACACUAUCCGACUUCACUUUCCCCACCACAUCCCAUCCUAAUACCUCAGCAUCAAAAGAUUGGUGGAAGAGGGUCUAUCUAGGUUUAUUAAAUCCCAAAGCGUACCUUUGGGGAUCAUCUGAUAAUAAUAGAUUGGGAGGUGCGGAAUUGAUCUCGACGAGAAAGUACGCUAGAUAUGUUGAUAUACCCUCUGAAAUCUGUUGGAAUGACGAUGAUGAGAAAAAAAGUUGGAGUGAUAAUUUGAAAGAUAGCUUGGUUACUGCUUUAUCCACAUCCACAUCCACUCAAACCAACAACAAAAAUGAUGGAAAUGAACGAAGAGGGAAAUCUGGGGUGGUAGAGUUACAAGCUGGAGGAUGGAGUUUUACUGCUAGGACUAGUGAUGGAUCGGUUUGGGUAUGGGGCCAACUGGACGGUACGAGACCUGGAUUAACAAGGCAAUCAUGGGAAGAUAAGCGUUGUAUAUGCCCGCGACCUACUAGAAUACCUUUACCGUGUAAAGUCGAAUCUAUCUCAGCUGGUAGAAGACAUUUGGUAUUACUUGAUUCUGAUAAUUUGAUUUGGGAAUUGAGGUCAUGGGGUAAAGCGCAUUUUCAUACUGCACCUGAACUUACUGCACCCUUUGGACAUGGUAUCACCCGCUCACCACCGCAUAUCGUCCAAUUGUCUACUGGUUGGCAGCAUUCCGCAGCGUUGACUUCAAAUGGUGAAAUUCACGUGUGGUAUCCUUUUUCGGAAGGUUACGAGAAUAGCCUGUCGACAGAGCCCAGUGGGAAUAUCGAGAGCAGCGAUAAAGACAGGGAUAGAGAUCUGAAGUACGGUAAGGUUGGUGAAAAUGUGCUGGUGACAUUACCGCCUUUACCACUUAGACCCGCGAACAUACGUUCAGAGACGGAUAAAGGUGGGUUUAAGAGUAGACGAAGAUUGGAAUUACAAGAUGAAUGGGACGAAUAUGAGGGAUCGAGAUCACCAAAGGUCUUGGAGGAAGAACAGGAAAUAGUGAAAAUUGCAAGUGGAGAAGAUUUCAUUGUUGCUCUGAAGAAGAAUGGGGAAGUUUGGUUGAUAAAAGUUAAAGAAGGUGAAAAUCUUCUUUGGCAAUAUAUGGAAUAUUUCUCAUCACCAUCGAUAACUCAUCUCACCGCUCAAUUCCGAUCAUUCACCACAUAUGCCACUCCCACCUCUUCUUCUGAUAACUCAUCAGCUGUGUAUCAUGCUAGAAUCACAGAUUAUACCGAACGACUAGGUGAAAGAACCAUACCUGAUUCUGAGUUAUUGGAAUGUUUGAAAGACAAAGGUAUAAUCCAAAUUGCUAUUGGAGAUUAUCAUUUUGCAGCUUUGAAUGAUAAAGGACAGAUGUUUACUUGGGGACAAGGUGAUUCGGGUCAAUUGGGUAGAGGUAACGAUAAGUUUGGUAAAUCACCUGUCAGAGUUAUAUUUCCUGAAGACGAACAAGACAAAGAAGGAGAAGGGACAUUUGUAUUUAGUAUAACUGCUGGUGGGUGGCACUCUGGUGCUUUAGUUUUAGGUGAUUCCAAAGCUAGACCCCAAUCUGCGAAAGGAAAAGGAAAAGAAGAACAGAAACAAGUUACCGAACAAGAAGACCAACGGGAAGAGGAAGAAGAGAGUGGAUGGCCAAGAGGAAUAUACAACCCUUUCACUGACACAACUGAUACUGUCCCUGUACCGCCGAAUGCACGAGGAGGAGGACCGGUCAGAGCUAUGCCAAUGUACAGAAUUGGUUUCGCGGGAAGAGGAGCGAAUCUCGGUGGACUGGCUGGACUGGGUAGAGGUAGAGAUACAGGUGCAGGUGCCGGUGAUACCUCCAAUACGGAUACACCGGAUCAAGGGAAUAGCGGUAGGGGUGCAGCACCGAUUUUCAGAGUUGGGUUUGCUGGGAGGGGAGCGAAUACGGCGUCUGGAAGAGGGAGAGGAGGAGGACAAGAACAAGGUGGUUCCGAUGCACCAUGGUAG